CACCAUAAUCAGAAAACGAUACAGCACCGCCCCCACCUUGAGACGCGAACACGCCACCUCUCAGCCGCACAGCCGCCACCGCCAUCGACGACGAAGGCUCUGGGAUUUUUAGAUCCGUGUGGUUCCUAGACGGAGCCUCCUGGAUGAGCAGCUGUCGCCACCGCCGUCGCCGAUGAAGCCUCUGGUAUUUGCAGAUCCGCGCGGUUCCUGGACGAAGCCUCGACAAGCAGCUACCGCCCCCGUUGGCGAAGCCUCUGGGAUUUGCAGAUCCGCACGGUUCUUGGACGAAGCCUCGAUGAGCAGCUACCGCCGCCGCUGACGAAGCCUCCGGGAUUUGCAAAUCUGUGCAGUUCCUAGAUGAAGCCUCCUCGACGAGCAGCUGACGCUGCCGACGAAGUCUCCGGGGAUUUGCAGAUCUGUGCGGUUCCUGGACGAAGCCUCCUCGACGACAUUAUGGCUCGUCUUCCAUUAAGAACACGGAGGAGAAAUUUGGCUCUCAUGAUGACUACUAUCAUGCUUAUGUACUAUUAUAUUUGGGUAUUAUUUGCACUAGCAUAUAAGCGGAAGUGUUGGAAAAUAGAACGAAGGAUAAAAAAAAAUAGAGAACUUAGAAGUGAACGUUUGUACCAACUCAUUCGUGACAGCGACACAACAUGUAUUAGUGAGCUUCGCAUGGACAAAAGAACUUUCUAUAUUUUGUGUGAGAUACUUAGAGACAUUGGUGGGUUCAAGGCCACACGGAAUAUAACCCUAGAUGAAAUAGUGGCUCAAUUCCUAUACACAUUGUCUCAUCAUUUGCAGAAUCGAACAAUAGGAAAGUUUUUCUUCCGAAGUGAUGAGACAGUUAGUAGAUAGCUCAACUCAUGUCUUCUAGCUGUUCUAAAAUUGCACCAUUUGCUGCUUAAGACCCCAGAGCCUAUACCGGAGAAUAGCACCGAUGAUAAAUGGAAAUAUUUUAAGAACUGUUUAGGUGCUUUGGAUGGAACCCAUAUAAAGGUAACUGUUCCAACUAAGCUAAAAGGAAGGUAUAGGUCAAGAAAAGCAGAUAUUGUGACAAAUGUACUAGAUGUUUGUGCACUUGACAUGCAAUUUAUCUACACACUACCUGGCUGGGAGGGCUUAGCAUAUGAUGGUCGUGUGCUUCGAGAUGCCAUUUCGAGGCCAAAUGGGUUGUGUGUCCCUCAAGGUUGCUGUUACCUUGUUGAUGCUGGUUAUACAAAUGCAAAUGGGUUUUUAUCUCCAUACCGAGGUCAAAGGUACCAUUUAGUCGGUUGGACUGCACAAAAUCCACCAAAUAGUGUGGAGGAAUAUUUUAAUAUGCAGCAUGCUAGAGCAAGAAAUAUUAUUCAGGUGUUUCGGAAGGCUAAAAGAUCGGUGGGGGAUUUUGAGGGCUCCAUCAUAUUUUCCUAUAAAAAUGCAAUGCCGAAUAAUAAUGGCAUGUGCCCUUUUGCACAAUUUAAUUUUACAAAAGAUGUCUAGAGAUCCAAUGGAAAGUGAGGAAUCAUCGGUGGCAACUUCAAUGGAAAUUACUGAGGGGGAAGUCAAUGAACCGGAAUAUAUCAUGGGUGUCUCAACAUCUAACGAGUGGACUAGUUUUCGAGAUGUUCUUGCUCAGGGGAUGUAUAAUAAUUAUAGGGCUUCUAGUUCUCAUUGAGGUGUGCUUUCUAGUUUCUUAGCUAUGGACUUUUCAGAGAGUUCAACAAGUGUGCGUGGAAGGGGCAAGAACAAAAGAAAAUGGACUGUAGCUGAAGAUGAUGAAUUGGUUAAAGCAUUGUAUGAGAUAUCUUUGGAUCCAAGGUGGAAGGGGGAAGGAGGUUUUAAGAAUGGGUAUUGUUCACUACUUGAGACCCGUCUUGCUGAGAAGUUACCAAAUUGUGGACUAUCUGCGCACAUUGAGUCUAGAGUAAGGUAUUUUAGGACAAAGUAUGGUGCAUUGGAGCAUAUGCUAAAACAAAGUGGCUUCUCCUGGGAUGAGAAUAGGAAGAUGCUUCAGUGUGAGAAGCAACAAUAUGAUGCACAUUGCAAGAAUCAUAGUGAUGCCAAGGGCCUAUAUGGCAUUGCGUUCCCUUACUAUGAAACAUUAGCUAGCAUAUAUGGGAGGGAUAUAGCCACUGGUGAAGGUGCCGAAGGGCUUGGUGAAGCUGUCACAAACAUGGAGCGAGAAAUUACAACUAAAUAUGGUAUUGACCAAGAGGAAGAAGAGGAGAGGAUGUCUAGAGAAACACCUAGACGGUCUACUGACUCAACAUCAUCAAGCUCCAAGAAAUGGAAGAAAGAUGGGAAAGGAAAGGAGAGUGACCCUCUUGUGGACAUGUUCAAUGAAGUAAGUGGCGAUCUAAAGCUUGUGACUAUGACUGUUGGAAAAAUGGCAGCAGCAAUGGAGUGUGAGGCUGCCCUUCAAGAGAAGGCAAAGAAUGAGGACCCCCAACAAAAAUUGAGAGAGAAGGCAAUAGGAGAGUUACGCAGGCUUCAAUAUACUGGAGGUGAAAUUAUCAAGGCUGCUAGUGUGUUUGUGAAAAUACCAGAUCAAAUGGGCAUGAUGUUUGCACUUCCAGAAUCAUUCAGGAGGGAAUUUAUUUUAAACAUGCUCGAAGAAGAAGCUAAUAAAAAGUGAUGAGAAGUUUGGAAGAGAUAAAAGAUGAAAUAAUUCAGUCCUUCAUUGUUAUCUACUCAUGAAGUCCUCUAAGACUAUACUACUCAUAAAUUUAGAGACCAUGUUAUCUGGUAUUUGAUUUGUAAAAGCCUAUUCAAUCUUUCAUUGUCCGUAAUUGCAGAUUAACAUGUCCAGCAAGAGACCUUAAACCUCCUUGCGAAAACUGCUAUGGAAUCUGAUAUUGUUAUCUGCUAUGGAAUGUGCCUAUUCAGUCUUUCAUUGUCCGUAAUUGCAGAUUAACAUCUCCUCCUUGUAAUGAAUGUUUUGGUUAGCACAUUCAAAUUGGUGAACUCAAGAAGCUCGUUGUAGAAGGAAAGAUGAAAUAUAUCGGGUUAUCUGAAGCAUCUGCAUCAACAAUUAGAAGCAUGCAGUCCAUCCUAUCACUGCAGUUCAGCUGGAGUGGUCAUUAUGGUCUAGAGAUGUGGAAGGAGAUAUAAUUCCUACUUGCAGAGAGCUUGCGACUGGAAUUGUUGCUUACAGUCCACUAGGCAGAGGGUUCUUCUCUAGUUGGGCAAAAUUGAUGGACUCGCUCUCAGAGAAGACGUUCGCAAGAAUAUUCCUAGAUUUCAACCAGAGAAUCUCGACAAGAACGUCCAGAUAUUCGAGCGUGUAAACGAAAUGGCGAAAAGAAAAGGAUGCACACGGUCACAGCUUGCAUUAACUGGCCUGGGUUCACCAUCAGGGAAGCGAUGUUCGCCCCAUACCUGGAACAACAAAAUUGGAGAACUUCAUCCAGAAUGUGGGAGCUCUGUUUGUGAAGCUCACAGCAGAUGAGAUGACCGAACUUCACUCCUACUACACUGCUGCAGUCCUAGGUGACCGGCAUCCUCAAAUGGGUUACACCUGGAAGAAUUCUGAGACUCCUCCAUUGCCUUCUUGGAAAUCUGAGUAGGUAUAUAUGUUCAGCAGUGUUUGAUGUCCCAGUUCGAAGUAAUAAGACAGCUCAAGAUGCUCAGGUACACUUGCGAAGACUGUCCUUAAGAUGUUCUUGCGGCUGUUCUUCUUGUGUUGCCCUUAAGAGCUCUAACCCUAGUCAUUGAGGUGGCCUCAGGUCAGGGCAUGGUAAGAAGGGGUGGCGGCGUUGCUACAACAAAUUUGGCAUUAUAUGAUGAAUCAUAAUCAUCACAAAAAUG